GUGCGCUCAGAGGAACAUCUCUCUUUUAUUUCUGUCCGUCUUUCUUCAUGACACUGUGUUUCAGUGUUCUCGUCUGAAAUCAUUUAAGUCAAGUAAAGCAGAUUUUACUCGUAUUCAGCUGUGCUUUGGCAAUAUGAAUGUGAAGUAUAUUUGAACGAAUGAUCAAAUGAAAUGACAAGAGAAAGAGAGGAUCGUGUGUCUGGAGGAAUGUAUGAACCCCUCCUUGAGGUUUUUUACAGGAAGGGUGAAGUGUUAUCAUCUCGCUGUUUUUCUAGGGCUGCUUCAACCUCCCAAUGCCCAGAAAAACACAUUCCUGCUCCAAUAACAUCUAUGAUAUGAUUUAUGCCUGCCGUCAACACCUGAUGGCACAAGACUGAGAUGUUUAAUACUGACAUUAAGCAGACAUCAUCAUUGCUCUUUCUGUUGGAGAUGAACAGUGCUGUAUUGUGAAUGUUUAGCAGAUGAUGAAGAAUGGGAUGUUAAUAUUUCAUGUUUUGCUGAAACGUUCUGAUCAUUUGGAGACACAGAAGAGGAAUCAUGUAUAGAUGUUGGAUUACCUCAUUUCUCUUACUGUCUGCCACCUCUCAGUUUGUGGUGGUCUUCUCAGAGAAUAACACUGGAGGUACGGCGCAAAAGAACACUCACGAGAUGCAUUCCACACGUCACAAAAUCUUGACGGCUCAGUUUGAAUGUUACCAGAAGAUCAUGAAAGACACCAAUCACAAUAAAACAGAUGGUUCGGGGUGUAAGCGCACAUGGGACGGAUGGCUGUGUUGGGAUGAUUUAGACGCAGGCUUCACGUCAGCUCAGCACUGUCCUGAUUAUUAUGAUGACUUUGACACGUCUGAAAUGGCCACAAAGAUUUGCACCGAGUCGGGUCAUUGGUUCGUUCAUCCACAGAGUAACAGAACAUGGACCAAUUACACAGAAUGUAGCAACCUGUCCCAUGAUCACAAGAGGACAGCGUUUAAUCUCUUUUAUUUGGCUUUGAUCGGUCAUGGCUUGUCACUCAUAUCUUUGUUUAUUUCUCUGGGGAUAUUUUUCUACUUUAAGAAUCUAAGUUGUCAGAGGAUAACUCUACAUAAGAAUCUCUUCUUCUCUUUUGUGUUUAAUUCUUUGAUCACGAUCAUCUUUUACACAUGUGUCGCCAAUAACCAAGAAGUAACAGAAGCCAAUCCAGUGAGCUGUAAGGUGUCUGUGUUCAUUCAUCAUUAUCUGCUGGGUUGUAAUUAUUUCUGGAUGUUGUGUGAGGGGAUUUAUCUGCACACACUCAUUGUUGUGGCCGUCUUUGCUGAGAAACAACACCUCAUGUGGUAUUAUCUGUUAGGAUGGGGCUUCCCGUUGAUACCUGCGUUCAUUCAUGCAAUAGCCAGGAGUUAUUAUUACAAUGACAACUGUUGGAUCAGCUCAAACACGUCUCUGCUUUACAUUAUCCACGGGCCCAUCGUUGCAGCACUGUUAGUGAAUCUCUUCUUUCUCUUGAACAUCGUGAGAGUGUUGAUCACUAAACUGAAGGUGACACAUCAGGCAGAAUCCAGUCUGUACAUGAGAGCUGUGAGAGGUACUCUCAUCCUCGUCCCUCUGCUGGGCAUUCAAUAUCUACUGCUGCCUUAUAAACCCGACGGACGAGUCGCCUCUGAAAUAUUCACCCACACAAUGAACAUACUCAUACAUUUCCAGGGCCUCUUGGUCGCCACCAUAUUCUGCUUUUUCAAUAGUGAGGUUCAGGGUGUGAUAAAGCGGCACUGGAACCAGUACAGAAUCCAGUUCGCCAACACAGGGGCCUUGCGUUCCGCAUCUUACACCACAUCCUCCAUGACAGAAGUGCAUCGAUGUUACAGCAUCGACAGUCACAUGGACACGCUGAACGGGAAGAGUUUUCACAGUCUGGAGACCACCAUCCUCAGAUCAGACAACCUGUACAUGUGAGACGUUCAGAUCAGAGGGAUGAAGAGAGAACAUCAGCACUACUUUAACAUCUCCUCUGGAUGGACGGGAUUAACACUUUGUGCCUUUGUUUUGGAGACAACGCGGUUUGAUGUGGAAUAUUAAAGUCAUGAGACAAUUUUCCACAGCGGAGCGUCAUGGAGUCAGAACUGACCUGGAGUGGACGUUCUGUGUGUACAUCAAGGAGUGAAGAUGUAGUGUGAGGAUUUAUUCUUUCUUCUUCAUGACACUGAAAUGAUUCUUCAUCGUUUACGGGAAGGUUGUGUGUCCGAGUUUAAAGAGAGACGGAUAAAGACAAACGGUGGAUCGCACCAUUCACAAUCUGUUUUCAAACAAUGGACGACAGAAGACAUUGAAAACAUUCUCCUGCACGCCACUAAACUUCUCGUGAUUUGUUAUCACUCAUCUGAUUUAAGGAUGCACAUUUUUAUUCUUUCAUCAGUUAAAGGAAGAAUUUAACUAGAAAUCACAAUUCUGUAAUCAUUUUAUACACGGAAGACCAAAGAAGAUAUUUUAAGAAAUAUGGAAGUCAACGGAGGUCGGUGUUGUUUGACUAUCAACAUUCUUCAAAAUAUCUUCUUUUGUGUUCUGAAGAAGAUAGACAUGUGGAAUGACAUGAGGGUGAGUAAAUGAUGACAGAAUUCUUGCUGGUUUCUGAUUGUGUGUCUCUGGUGUUCAUGAACGUUGUGUAGUUGAGCACAUUUGGUAUUACAGGUUUAGUUUCAGUCUACAGUGUCUCUAUGUCUGGAACAUACGGAUGCCUUUGUCUCUUCUUCACGUUUUCUACAUUUUUAAGUGCACAUGCUGGAUUAUUUGAAGAUGUAAAUAUAGAAAUACAUCUCAGUGUGUAAGGAGUGUUUGUGUUAUUGUAUAUAUAAAUAUAUUUAUAAACACAAAUCUUAGACAUUUACUUUUGUUUAGAUCAUACUGUUUUUAUACUUGUCAUAAGAUGAUGAUGAUGUCAUAACAGGUGCAGAUGUACCAUUUAAUUCUGUCAAAACUCUGUUUAUUGUAUUGUUUAGUUUGUGUCACUGAAGGUGUGAGCUGGAGGAUUCAUAAGCACUUGAAAAACAAAUAUAGAUUUUAAACAACUCACAAAGUUGUGUUUCUCUCAGUUGUUAUAGCUGUGACACAGAAGACAGUGUUUUUACGUGUAAGAAUAAUCCAUAUUAUUUGUUGAUGUAGAGUACAUGUAACUACGUAUAACUGAAGACAUAAAACUUGAAAUCAUUCUUUCAGACAAAUAUUUGACCGUAUUGUGUUGAAAGGAUCUGAUUGGUUCAUUGAAAGCAGUGAAUGUGAUGAUCUCAGUUCUCACAAGAUGAUGAUGUUUGGUUUAUAUACAUUGUGUUAAAGACAGAAGAUUACUGAAGGGAUCACACACACAGCUGACAUGUGUCACUGUCUAUGACAUCAGCACAGGAAGAAACACGACAGUAUGAUGUGUACACAUGUUGUUCAUCAAAUGAAUGAUGAUAUAUUGCAGUUGGUCAAAUGAAAGCAUUUCAGGAUUGUUUUGCAUGGAUUCCAGAUGUAGGACAGGCCCUCACACCUCAUCAGACCUCAACACAUAUGCACAAAAACCACAACACUGAACAACUUCUUUAGAAUUCCAGCUGUAAAACUUCUAUGAGCAUGUGUGGGUUGAUGUACUUUAGUUCUGAUACAAAACUACCUGCAGAUAUAACUGACCUGAGACGCUCUCUUCUCAGAUGCAUUCAUACAAAUAUCUUCUGGAAACAUUUUGGAUCUGGAAAAAGGGUGAA